AUGAUAGGCUUUAGGACAGGACUGUCAACACAGGAUGCCAUGAAGCUGAUCAAAUAUCAAGCCAUUGACCGUAACACGAGGGACACGAGAGCCAUACUUGGAUUAGACCUAGAGAAGGUAUUUGAUAGCGUCUUGCACUCCUUUGUCUUGAGCCAGAUAUCUAGCCUCGGGUUGGGCAAGUACUUCCACGACUACACACGAUCAUUCCUUGCGGACAGAAAAGCCACUCUCGGGGCGGGAGACCUCGUUUUGGACUCGGUUAGGCUGGAUUUCAGAGGGAAGCCACAGGGGUCUGUCAUAUCCCCGACCCUGUUUAACCUUACCAUGAUCGGUCUGUCGAGGAGACUCUCCCAAGUCGAGGGUAUUAAUCACACAAUCUAUGCAGACGACAUCAUCAUUUGGUGUACCGGAGGCAGUGACGGACUGGCGGACGCUGCGUUGCAGGAAGCUAUCGAGAUCCUGGAAGAAUAUCUUAAGCCGACCGGCCUUCGCUGUUCCCCCCGGAAAUCAGUACUGGUCAUUUACAGGCCUAGGCGAAGGGGGCCCAAACCUAAGGGUUGGAAGCCUGUAAAGGACGUCGACAUCACUCUACGAAGAAGUGAGGACGGUGUCAUCCCUAAGGUGGACUCCCUCCGGGUCCUGGGUAUGACGAUCGAAUCGAAUGGCUCCAAUAAGCUGACGGUGUCUAAACUAGCCAAGAAAAUGGACAAUGCCAUCAGACUCAUACGGAGAGUUGCCAACCGACACAACCUCUUGGAGUGGACAAUCUUGUGA